AGACAUGUGUGCAUGUUUGCACGUGUUCGUUGGAAUGCGUGAGGGGCAAAAGACAAAUGAAUUAUUGUAUUUUAAUCAAAACUAUCUUUUAAUAUUUCUGCACAAAAUGAGAAAAGUAAAAGUAAGGCAGCGGGACAAUAAUCUCAAACACGCCGUUAUAUAACAUACACAUUACAUACACAAUUUUAUAAAUAAAUCGUCUGCUGAAAUACUUCAUUUAAACUUGUGAUUGUCACUUUAUUGUCUAUUUAUAAAGAGGACUUUGGUUUGCGUGAGAAUCUUUUUCGCGGAGUGAUAUGUGAUGCGGUCCGAGCAUUUCUGGGUGUGGUUUGACUCGUUGCUGGGAACGGACUGUUGUGAUUACAUUUUCAAAAUAAUAGUUAACGCUGGCAUAUUUUCACGGUAAACUGUAAAGUUUUUAAAAAAUGUUUUUACAGACGUUUUUUUUAUUUUUAUUUUCAGAGCAACUUGUUUCGGAACUGAAGAAGCUGCUUGAACGAGCAGCGAUCUAUUUUCUUCCAGUUGUGCGGCUGAACUGAACUUCGUAGGACCAAAAAUUGUCAAACACGGCUAUAUAGUUGAUUUUUGGAGUCACGUGACUGAUUCGCGUGCCUAUUUUCUUUUCCACGGACCAUGUUCGUGACUUUUUUCCCUGUCUUUUAUGUCCUCUUUGGUUCUUCCUGUGGUUUACAAAAUAAAAAGGUGUGCUAUGGCGGCAAUAUAGAUAUACAUUUUAGGUCAUUUUCUAUGAACAAUAAGCUGUAUUUCUAUCCAAGAGAAGGAGAAAGGAAAUUACUGAUGGAUAAUCGAGAAGCUAAGGAUCCACGACUCCAAGUUUAUAGUAACUCAGUAAAACUGACACAAUUGACUGAAAAAGAUAAUGGAAAGUUUGCCAUUGAAAUGUUUCGUGGGGAAAUCUCACAUUUAUUCUCAAUGACAAUCUUGGAUUGUUCAGAGGACAUCUCAUUGUUUUUUGGGAAAGAGUUGGUGCGCAUUGUUCCUAGCCGUGCUGAACUCCUGGAAUUCACCCCCUUUCACAGCCUAGACCAGCCUCAGCUAUUGUGGGAACGUGCAAACCCUCACAACAAUUAUGGAGGACGAGGGAAAGUAAGCGGAGACGUCUUUGGGAUUUCCAAAGUCACCCAGGAAGACAACGGCUACUACAACUUUAGACAUAAAAACAAAUAUGUGGUGUUACGGCUAAAACUCACUGUUGAAGAAGACACCAAUUACUACGAUUUUGAAGAAUCCGAGGACAUCUUCCUUCAAUUUCCUUGGGCCAGUAGAGACUGGACUGUCACUUUUAAGCCAUAUUACAACGACGAUGAAGAAAUAACAAUCAUAAAAGCAGGAAGUGUGGUCAGAAGCAAAAACCCUUUCUAUCACAAGAUUGAAAUUAAAGAUUCUGGCAUAAAUAUCUGUUGCAUAACAAAUGGAGAUGCUGGCACCUUUAAGUUCAGAGACCCUGCAGGAAACCUGGCUUUGGUUUCUCGUGUGCAAAUUAAUGGCGAGUACAUUUUUUGUAAAUAAGGCAAACUGAUGGUUUCUCCCAUAUCAUUAUAACAACCCUGAAUACUUGUACUUUCAGAAAUUCAUCGUUCAGCGAAAGAUUCCACAACUGAUAUUUUUACUGUUUUUAUUAUUCUUGCUGUUAUUGUGGCUGUCCUUGGGGUUCUCUGCUGUUGCUGUUACUGUUGCAAAAAGGGGUGCUGUGAAAAGACAGAGCCUCCUUCUCCGGUUGCUCAGACUGCAACAGAGCCUAAAGUGUAUUAUCAUGGUUUAAAUAAGCCUAAAGGUUCAGAAUUUUCUGCACCACCUCAUCAUGCAGCGUUCCCUCCUCCAGCAGUGAAUGCUGGGAUGUCUGAUGAUGCUGCAGCUGCUUCUUCUGGACCUGUGGAAUAUCAAACAACGUAUGAGGAUACAAACAUUUCUCAGCCUGAGGUAGCACCUCCAGCUUCAGAGCAGUUUGCUCCAUCUUCAUCUUCUGGUUACAACCCUGUGUCUUCAGACUAUCAGCCAGUGUUUGAGACACACUAUCCAACAUAUGAGAUUAGGAAUAUCUCUCCGCCUGAGGUCACAGCUGGAGCUUCACAGCAGUCUGCUCCAUCUUCAUCUUCUGGGUACAACCCUGUGUCUUCAGACUAUCAGCCAAUGUUUGAGGUGAAAGGACUAAGCUCCACCUUUGAUCUUCCACUCACUACAGAAAAUUCCUCUACAGAUGUUUACAAUUCCGAUAAAAUGAACUUUCUGUAACAAGGAAUUAUAGUGUUCUAACUCAUGGCCCAUUAGGGGGAGUGUGGUUACAGACUCUGCCCUGAGGUUACUUAUGAGACAGAAGAUAAAAGUCGUUUCACUUUCUCCUUGAUAACAGGGAAUCAUAUGGAAAGUUAUUAUAAAAUGAUGAUCAUCAGCGUACUGAUAUUUAUGAAUUAUACCAGUAAAAAGGUUUUGAUUAAAAUUAAAUUAGAAACAAUAGACUUAUAAGUAUGUUCUAAGCCAGAGUAAGAGCUUCAGGAUGUUGGAUAUAUCCAGAACAUGAACACCUCCAACACUCCUAACCUCAAAUGUUGCUUUAAUAACUGAAAGUUUCUAAAGCAAACUAUUUGUGCUACCACUACUACUUCUACUACUGAGUCAUAUUUUGGGGCAGAGCGGUCAACUUCUGAUCGGAAGAUCACAGGUUCAGGUCCUGCCUUUCCUGCCCACAAGUCGAAAUGUUCAAGGGCAAGACACUGAACCCUACAUUGCUCCUGGUGGUCAAUGGUAGACGUCAGUGUUCAGCAUCAGUGUUUGAAUGUGUGUGUGCAUGGGUGAACAGGACGAUGACUGUAAAGUGCUUUGGACCUUCUAAGAAGGCAGUAAAAGCACUAUAAAAGCACUACGCUUUUACAUUUUUUUUACCAUUUAAUUAGUCUAUCAGUUUUCUUUUUAUGUUUUGACAGUAUAAUUUUAUACUGGUUUUAUUUGAAGGGUAUAAAAAAGUUUACCGUGUGGAAUUAAUCCUUUAAUGUGUCUAUUUUCUUGUUAAAUUGCUUUUAUCUUGAGGCGUUUGUACCAAAUAUAUUUCUCAUGGUUAUUUUAUUAAACUGAUGAAAUGCUU